AUGGCUGGAGUGCAGACAGUCCGGUUGGCACCCGCGUUUAUGGGAGAGCAGGCCACAUACGGCCCCAGCUACCAUGGUGGCCUCGCACCACCACCAGAGUGGUGGCUGCAGUUCGUCCACGUGUUCGCUCCAUGCCAGCUGGCACAGCUGCAGCAGACCUACCACAAUACCUGGGCUCAACCUUGCCACUGGCAAACGCGCCAGUCGACAUACCCUGUCAACCCCAUCCUGUAUUACUUUACACCCACAGCUUUCACACAUCAACCGCCGUUUUACCCGGCCUGUACUUCACUGCCACUUCACACCAACCAGCCUUUCCCCCAGCCCCCGGUUUCAUAUGCGCAGCCAUCUCCGAUCCAGCGCCCUGUUGCCACUCCCACACGACUAUCCACACUGACCCCUGCAAAACCUUCCUGGGCAGACAUGUCGGAGGAGGCUCCACCCAGCCAGAUGGACGAAUUGCCAACUCUGCUUCCCAAGCCCAACAUGGGUAACGGGAAGGGCAAGGGCAAGUCCAAAUCAAACAAGAAGCCAAAAGCCAGUGGCAAAGGCAACCACCAUGGCAAUGGCUUCAAUCAUUCCUGGAGCUACGGCUACUACGACUGGUAUUGGUUUCCCGUUGCGGAUUCCGUUCGUCGACCAACCGACCCACUGUUUGUGGACGCGAGAGGUGGCUUCGAGUCGGACGAAAAGCCGAGCCAGGGGCUCGAGCGGACCCUGUUCUUCUUCUAUGAUGACAUUCGCCAUCGGUGGCAGGUUGCUCCAGAAGUGGGUGCCAAGGGCUUGAGCGUGCUUGCCCGCAGCCCCGUGGGCUGGGAUGAGGUCUUCUCCCCGAACGGACCAGAGGCUGCCUUGACCAGGGAAGUCGGCCCUCCCAGGCCAUCGGGUUGCUGGCAGAUCCGGCUCAACGAGCCUGCCCUGGCCAUCCACUCGAGACGUUCCAAGCAAAUGACGGAGAUCCCGCAAGAGGCAUCACAACUCUUUCAGGACUGCGAGGCUCUCUCUGUUCUUGCACUGGAAGACCGGGCACCCGCACGCACCGUCAGCUUCCAGUAUGAAGGGCCAGGUGAAGAGCUCCAGGUGCUUGCAGAGCAUCCGCUGGCUGGAGAUUUCAGAUUGCUGCGACAGAGAUACGGAAAGCGUCCCGUAUAUCGCCGCUCCGCUUUGCAGCCUUGUGGACCUGGGCCAGGCUUGCCUGUCCAGCCCGGCUUGUUUCUUUUCUUCGAACCACGGCUUGGAUACUGGGUUGUCAGCACAAUUUCGCCACUGGCUUCAAACCAUGCUGUCGCGUUUGCCAGACCAGACCUGCCGGGUCGAUUUGGACAGGUCCUGGCCAGGACCGGGCCUGACUGGACGCCCGUGCUGCCGCAGGACGCAAGGGACUGGGACGCAGCUGACAGCCAGGGCCCGGGUUCCCACUAUCGGCUUGGGCCGGCAAGAGCACCACCCAGCACACUGCUGUCGGAGCAGCUGAUGCCAACACCGUGGCUGCACUUGGUAGCCCUGGGCACCGACACACCUGCCAAGAUGGUGUGCCUAAGUGGCUUCGGUGACAGGUUGCAUACUCUCAAUGGCUCCUAUGAGCUGCUCCCGGAGUCCGCGUGGGCAUCCAGAGCUGCAUGGGCACGAGUGCCGUCCACGGCGGAGGAUGUGGAGUAUCCCAAGUACAUCUUCUUCUGGCCAGAGACGGGUCAUUGGAUUAUCGGUCCGGACCUGCACACAGCGCAGACAGGUCUUGCAAGAAAUGGGCCAGGCCGAUGGGCUGCUCAGUCUCCUGACCACUGUCCAGGCCGAUGGGCUGCCCUGAAUGGACAUUCGUUUGCAGAAGACCCGAAGAUCUUUUGUCGCAGGCAGAAGGCAAGCGGUGGAGUCGAAACCUUCGGCUUGUCGUGUCCCUCCUCCCCGCGGCAAAGCCUGGGACCGCGUGCAAAAGCCUUGCCGCUGUCCCCGAGAAGCACUCAUAGGAGCAUACUCUCUCCAGCUUCGGAGGCGAAUUCGCCCAGUCCAUCACGGAACUUGCCAUCCGGCCCGCCAAAGAGCGCGAGACGGCCUGACGGAACAAUUUCCACUCCUACCCGCAAAGCAGGUAUGGAAGAGAACAAAGAAGGCACAAGUCCACAAGUCAUGCAGCAGAAGGAAGUCAGGAUGGAGCUGUCCAAAGAAGGCAGCUUGGGUACAGCGCGCACCCAAAGCUUCAAGCCGCCCAUAAGACCUACCAGCCCUCGCAGCCGGCGGGGAGCAAGCCCAUCACGAGCUGCAAGCCCGGCACGUGCUGAAAGGGGCAUUGUUUGGCGACCUUGA